GCCAAGCUUUUAGUUGACCGUAAUGCUCAUUAUAAAAAUGCACCAAUUGUCUUAGAAAUGCAAGAAUUUUUUGGCGAAGUGUGUUAUUUUUUUUCGCACCAAUAUGAUGAUCAAUGGUCAAUGUUAGCAUAUGUACAGUGGGUUCGCAACCCCUAUCUUUCUAAACAUGGGGUAUUAAAAUUCCGUGACCUUGGCUCAUUUGAAGUAAUUAAUGUUAAUGCCAUUGAUAGAAAUGUUGGAUUUCUGAAAUUGUCUAACAAUGAAAUAUAUAUUAUCGAUAAAGAAAAUCAAGUCAAGUUUCGUUAG